AUGCUGGCCGCUGGAAUAUACCACACGGUGCUGCUCAGGAGCGACGGCAUUGCCGCGGCCUGCGGCUGGAAUUUAGCUGGUCAGUGCGACCUGCCGGCGCUGCCCGCGGGCCUGACCUACACGCAGGUCGCCGCUGGAGGGUGCCACGCGGUGCUGCUCAGGAGCGACGGCACCGCCGCGGCUUGUGGCGACAAUGCUCAUGGUCAGUGCGGCCUCCCGGCGCUGCCCGCGGGCCUGACCUACUUAGCGCACCUGCUUCCAGCGCUCCUCCUGCAGGCGUCGCUCGAUGGCGACUCGAUGAUUUUCGUGACCUUAGGCGGGGUGGAGGGCUGCAGAAUCAGGGCGCCGCCCACCACCCGCCUCAGGGACAUCAACCUCCAGCUCGCGGCCGAGCACCGCGCGGGCAGGCUGGGCCCGGGAGCCUGGCGCGUCGAGGCCAUCCUGCCGGGGGGGCGCCCGCUCAGCAUCGCCGCGGCCGAGGAGACGGUCGCUGGCGCAUCCGCCGCAGCCGCCUCCGCCGAGGACGCGGGGCGUCGGGCGCUGGGGCCCGCCGGCUGA